AGCAAGAUUUGUAGUAGUGCCCCGGGGUUUAAAUGGACUGCCUGCCUGACUGACAUUCCCAUAGUUAUCUUAGUUUGCUCUGUCUCUUGCUUCUUUUCCAUUUCUUACCUGUGAAGCCUGUGUUGGAUUUCCAACAUUUGAGGACAUCUGGAGGCUUCCACCCACAGGAUAUCUCUGCAUGUGUCUGGUUUCCACCUGAUCACCUCUCACUGCUGCUGCUGAUCUGUUUGAUUCUCUGGAUUGAGUGCUGCCUGCUGUGGCUUUGCAGCUGCUUUCCUCACACACAGGAGUAAGGACUCAGCCGUUGUGAUUAUAGGACAAGAAACAAGGAGUCAUCAUGUCGCAAACAGCUGUAUCGACCAUUUCAAAAUUCUACAGUUUUGUAGAAUUGAGGACUGAUGAACGAAUCAAAAGUUAUCCCCUCAUGCAGAGACCUGUAGGGAUGAACCUCAUCCUGUUGACCUAUGUAAUCUUCUCAAAGUACAUUGGACCUCGCCUGAUGGCAAACAGGAAGCCCUUUCAUCUCAACACAGCCAUGAUUGUCUACAACCUCAGCAUGGUUUUACUAAAUGCCUUCAUUGUCUAUGAGUUCCUGAUGGCCGGAUGGGCAACCACCUACACGUGGAAAUGUGACCUCGUUGACACCUCAACCACCCCUCAGGCUUAUCGGAUGAUUCGAGCGUGUUACAUGUUUUAUAUGUCAAAAUAUUUCGAACUCCUUGACACGGUAUUCUUUGUGCUGAGGAAGAAACAAAGCCAGAUCACAUUUCUGCACGUUUUCCAUCACUCCUUCAUGCCCUGGACGUGGUGGUGGGGCAUCACCCUGACUCCUGCUGGAGGAAUGGGCUGCUUCCAUGCCAUGGUGAAUGCAGUUGUCCACGUUAUCAUGUACUUCUACUACCUACUCUCUGCUUCAGGACCUCGCUUCCAGAAAUACCUUUGGUGGAAAAAAUACAUGACCGCCAUCCAGCUUAUACAGUUUGUCAUCGUCUCAGCUCACAUCAGCCAGUACUACUUCCUGGAGAAGUGUGACUACCAGAUUCCAAUGUAUAUCCACUUGAUUUGGAUGUAUGGCACCUUCUUCUUCCUCCUCUUCUCUAAUUUCUGGAUUCAGGCCUACAUUAAGGGAAAGCGGCUUCCUUCUGUGGAGGAAAUGCCAAAACAGAACGGCUCAGCCAGUAAACCUAUCGCUGUGUUGGCCAACGGGAAACACAUGGAGAAUGGAAAUGGGCACCACCACACCAACGGCCAUUUCGUCAUGAGUAACCUCGUCAUGGGCAAAGUAAAGGAUAUCUAACUUUGUGACUUUGGAAAUCAGGAGGAGACAUACAAGAAGUCGAUAUAGAGCUACCUUGAAAGUCUCAUCCAGCAUUCAGACCUUGUAGCAUAUUGGAUUGGCACAAUUUCAAUAUGUUACUUCUAAACUUUACAUGUUCUAUAUACAUUUAGUCUUAUGCACACUUGUUUUUGAUGGGUGUUUUGGUGAAGAUCUCUUCUUACCACAUUGUGUUUGUUAGUUGUUGUGAAAACGAUUAACUGUGAUGAACACUGUAUGAAGAUUGGUGCUCACUUUGUCACUGAUGGUAUCUUCAACUCGGGCUUGGUCCGCACCAGCCUGACUUACUGUCUAGCGGCAGGACUAUUGUUCCCUGGGUUUAUCACACAGUUUCCACUAAAGACCAGUAAAUUGAAACACCUGCUACAAAACAAAGCUGUUGUAAAUGUCAAAUAUUCAGUUUUGUUGUUUUUAUUUAUCUUUUUGAAAUAAAUCUUUUUAGAUAAA